UAGUCUCUGAAAGCGAGAAGCCACGUGGUCAGUUCUGUCCAUCUGCACCCUUUGCUGCAGGUGCCGACACGAGCUUGUGUUCCCCAAACCGAAAGACGGAAAGGACAUCUGGUGACUGCAUGGGGGCCACUGUGAUGUCACAGGUAAAGAAAGGGCUCAGCAGGGCCAGGUGUGGGGGAGCCUCUACGACAAUCAGUACUUCCUGAAGACCCGCUGUGUUCGUUUCCUGUGGCCGCUGGAACCAGUCACCACAAGCUCGGGGGGGUUUAAACUCUGCUGGCGUGAUCUAGGGGUCUGCAGGCAGGCGUCCGAAACGGGUCUCACUGGGAUAAGGGCAGGGUGUUGGCAGAGCUGUGUUCCUUCCAGAGGCUCUAGGGGAGAGGCCGGUCCAUGCCUCUUCCAGCUUCUAGAGGUGCCCUCCGGCUCCUGGCCCCUCCUGUCCCCAGAGUCAGCCGUACAGCGUCUUCACGUCCCUGACUCGGAAGGACCAUUGUGAUUGCGGUGGACCCACCUGGACAACCCCCCCAUCUCAAGGUCCUUGACUCAAUGGCAUCUGCAGAGUCCCCUUUGACAGAAACAAGCAGCGGGCCAUGGUUUCCCAGCUCAUUAGAGUCUGGAAGGAUGACAUCAAGUAAAUCACAAGGACCUGACACACAGGUUGUUAUGACAGAGCCGGUCCCAGUUCCUGGCUCCCCGGAGGCCGGUCCUGUCCCCCCCACCCCAGCCCGGGUCCCUCCGCCAGCCCCGCCCAGGUGUGUGCCAGGUGAGUGCUCAGGUAUGCGGAGGCGGGGUGGCCCGGCGGGAGCAGGAAGGACGGGGCCGUUGGGAACCCAGUGGAGAGCAGAGAGCCAGCUGGGCCCCUCGUCGCAGCCACUGCCUGGCAGAGCCUGCCCCGCAGGGCACCUCCAGGUGGCAGGAGCCCCCCCAUUCUCCACACCAUGAGCACCACCACAGGCCCAGAAGCUGCCCCCAAACCAAGUGCCAAGUCUAUCUAUGAGCAGAGGAAGCGUUACUCCACUGUGGUUCUGGCAGACGUUUCCCAGUAUCCAGUCAAUCACCUGGUGACGUUCUGCCUGGGCGAGGAGGAUGGCGUGCACACCGUGGAGGACGCUUCGCGGAGGCUGGCGGUCAUGGACAACCAGGGCCGCGUCUGGGCCCAAGAGAUGCUGCUGCGCGUGUCUCCGGACCGUGUCACGCUGCUUGACCCCAUGUCCAAGGAGGAGCUGGAGUCGUACCCGCUGGGUGCCAUCGUGCGCUGCGACGUGGUGACGCUGCCUGGCCGGAGUCGCUCGCUGCUGCUGCUGGUGUGCCAGGAGCCGGAGCGCACGCAGCCCGACGUGCACUUCUUCCAGGGCUUGCGUCUCGGGGCGGAGCUGAUCCGAGAGGACAUCCAGGGGGCUCUACACGACUACCGGUCCGGCCUCGGGGAGCGCAGGCCCGCGGCGCUCAGGGCUACGCAAGAGGAGCUGCAGCGCCGCCCCUCGCCGGCCGCCGAGACCCCUCCCCCGCAGCGCCGCCCGUCAAUCCGCGCGGUCAUCAGCACGGUGGAGGCGGGCCGGGGGCGACCCCAGGCGGAGCCCAUCCCGGAGGCGGAAGAGUCGCUGAGGCCGCGGCCUGGCCUGGCGGGGACCUCAGGCAGCGCUGCCCCGGCCUCCCCUGACCUGGGGCCCCGCGGCCCGGACCUGGCCAGUCUGCAGGCGGAGCGGGAAGUGGACAUCCUGAACCACGUGUUCGACGACGUGGAGAGUUUCGUAUCGAAGCUGCAGAAGUCUGCGGAGGCGGCCCGGGUGCUGGAGCACAGGGAGCGCGGCCGCAGGACCCGGCGCCGGGCGCCUGGGGAGGGUCUCCUGACGCUGCGGGCCAAGCCGCCCUCCGAGGCCGAGUACACGGACGUGCUUCAGAAAAUCAAGUACGCCUUCAGCCUGCUGGCCCGGCUGCGUGGCAACAUCGCCAACCCCUCGUCCCCCGAGCUGCUGCACUUCCUGUUCGGACCCCUGCAGUUGAUUGUGGACACAUCGGGAGGCCCCCAAUUCGCAAGUGGAGUGCGGCGGCCGCACCUGACGUCCGAGGCGGUGGCGCUGCUGCGGGACAACCUCACCCCACGGGAAAAUGCGCUCUGGACCUCUCUGGGGGACGCGUGGACCCGCCCGGGGCUGGAGCUGCCCCCAGAGGAAGGAUCCCCGUACAGCCCUGAGUUCUCCAGCGGCUGGGAGCCCCCGGCCACUGACCCGCAGGGCCGCGCCUGGGGGGACCCAGUCGAGAAACAGCAGCAGCACGAGCGGCGGCGCCGGCAGCAAAGUGCCCCCCAGGUCGCUGUCAAUGGUCACCAAGACCCUGAGCCAGAGGCUGAGUCCCAGCUGGAGCCUGAGGGAAAGUGGGUCCUAUGUAACUAUGACUUCCAGGCCCGCAACGGCAGUGAGCUCUCUGUCCAGCAGCGGGAUGUGUUGGAGGUCCUGGAUGACCAGCGUAAGUGGUGGAAGGUUCGGGACCAGCGAGGGCAGGAGGGAUAUGUACCGUAUAAUAUCCUGACACCCCACCCGGGGCCUCGGGCAAGCCGCAGCCUGGAGAAUAGCACUCCUCCUCCCCCACGGGCCCCGGCUCCUGCCUCCUCUCGCCCCACCUGGGACAGCUGUGAUAGCCUCAACUUGGACCCCCUCGAGAAGGAGAAAUUCUCCCAGAUGCUGUGUGUCAACGAAGAGCUGCAGGCGCGCUUGGCCCAGGGCCGCUCAGGCCCCAGCCGCGCAGCCCCGGGUCCCCGCGUCCCGGAGCCGCAGCUCAGCCCGCACUCGGACGCCUCGGAGGUCCGCGCCUGGCUGCAGGCCAAGGGAUUUAGCGCUGGGACCGUGGACGCGCUGGGCGUGCUGACCGGUGCGCAGCUUUUUUCACUGCAGAAGGAGGAGCUGCGAGCCGUGAGCCCGGAGGAAGGGGCGCGCGUGUACAGCCAGGUCACCGUGCAGCGGGCGCUGCUGGAGGACAAAGAGAAAGUGUCAGAGUUGGAGGCGGUGAUGGAGAAGCAAAAGAAGAAGGUGGAAGGCGACAUGGAAACUGAGGUUAUCUGACCCUUCCCGGCUCCUCUGCUCAGUUUUUCGAGGAAGCCCCGUGGCAGAACGGACUCUGCAGACUGCUGCCACCCAUGGAAGUAGACCCCUCCCGAAGGCCCCAGACCUGUUCCGGUGGAGCCUCCUGAGUGAGCGGACCGGCCGUGAGUGGGAGGGAAGGGCCAUACUCGGGGUCCCCGAGCAUUGGGAUAUGCUGCCCAGUCUAUAAACAGCCUCCUUGUAGCAGACA